GUGCUUUGGAGCAAAUUAUGAACUACGCGAAGUUUGUGAAGAAAGUAAUGUCAAAGAAAUGGAAGUUAGAUGAGUAUGAAACAAUGAAAUUGAUAGAAGAAUGUAGUGCUAUCCUUCAAAAUAAACUUCCCCAGAAUAGAAAAGAUGCAGGCAGUUUCACUAUUCUAUGCACCAUUGGAAACUCCUCUUUUGACAAAGCCCUCUGUGAUAUUGGAGCAAGCAUCAACAUGAUGCCUUUAUUAGUGUUCAAGAAGUUAGGCCUUGGGGAAGUCAAGCCAACAACAGUAACUCUACAACUAGCUGAUAGAUCCAUCACAUACCCCCGAGGGAUUACUGAAGAUGUGUUAGUAAAGGUCGACAAAUUUAUCUUCCUAGCCGAUUUUGUUUUAUUAGAUACGGAAGAUGAUCAGGAAAUCCCAUUGAUCUUAUGCAGGCCAUUUUUAGCAAUAGGAAGAGCAUUGAUUGAUGUACAAGGAGGGCAUCUAACAUUAAGAGUGAACGAAGAAGAAGUGAGAUUCAACAUCUACCAAGCAAUGAAGUAUGUGGAUGACACUGACACUUGCCACAGAAUUGACUUCAUUGAUUCUGCUGUGAGAGAAGAGCAAUUAUUCAUUGAGGACUCCUUGGAACAGUGUAUGAUGUUCAGUGCAACAAAGGAUGACAUAAAAACUUUUGAAAGGUACACAGGAAACAAGGAUUUAGUUGGUUACAUAUUGGCUCUUGAAUCUACACCAAUUGAGGACAACACAUCGUAG